AUGGAUCUUCUGGUUGCCAUCUCGGACGAUCAUCAAGUUGUGUACUUUCGUGACAUUGCUGUCACCGCCUCUCCGCUUUCGGUCCUUGUCACCGAUGCACUCGGAAAACCUCGAGCUGUUGCCGCUGGCCUCAUCGAUGCCGAUGACUUUGUCGAUGUCGUUGUCGCCUCGCUCGACGAGGACGCUCUUGUGUGGAUCGCCAACGACGGCUUCGGGGACUUUACCUCUUCACUGCUCAACGUCCUCUCUCCGGGCAUCGCCAAUAUGCAGGGUCUUGCCAUCCACGACAUGGACGGUGAUGGUGCCAUCGACCUCGUCGGCGCCGGAGCCAUCGGCCCAGCCGCCGUCCGCAUCUGGUACGCCGCAUCGCCCGGCUCCUUCCCCGAGUCGACCUCCAUCGAACUCGCCACUGGUUACGAUGGCUCCAACUCGGUCGAGCUUGUUGAUCUCACCCGCAACAACAGGGCUGAUGUCCUCGUUGCCGCCCCACAGGCCAACACCGUCUUCUAUGUCCCUCACAUUGGAAACCGCACCUUUGCCCCACCGAUCGUCGUCGCCAGCGACGUCGGCAACGCCGUCUGCACCCGUGCUGCCGAUCUCACUGGAGAUGGUGCUUCCGACGUUGUCGUCGCCGUCGCCGCCGAGGGUGCCGUCGUUUACUUUGUCAACAACGGCGCGGGCGGCUUUGACUCGGCUGCUCGCGUCACCAUCGCCACAGACACUGCUCAGGUCUGGUGGAUUGCUCUCGGCGACAUCAACGCAGACGGCGCAGUUGACGUUGUCUCGGCCUCGGCUACCUCGGGCCUCAUCGCCUGGCACGUCAACCUUGGCCGCGGCUCGUUUGCCGCCGGCUCACAAACCAUCGACACAUCGCUCACCAACGCCCGCUUCAUCGGCCUCGAAGACCUCGAUCGCGAUGGUACGCCCGAUGUCUUUGUCGCUGCAGACUCGGCGGCCACCGUCGCAUGGUACGCCAACAACGGGUCAGCCGUCGCCGUUGCCGCCUCCUCCGUCACCAUCACCACCGUCGCCAAGCGGGCAAAAUCCAUCGCCCUCGCAGACUUUAAUCUCGACGGCACCGUCGACGCCGCCAUCGCUUCCACCUCGGACGAUCUCUUUGCCCUCUACCCGAACGCCGGCCACGGCUCUUUUGCCCUCGCCACCAAGACCAACGUCCUAACCUCGCUUGACGGGCCCAUUGCCGUCGUCGCCGCCGACCUCAACGCCGACGGCCUGCCCGACAUGAUCUGCAUCGCCGGCGACGGGCUUGCUGUUGUCAUGCUCAACAACCCGAUCUCACCCGGCACCUUUGCCUCGUCGCCUGCUCUUCGCACAGAUCUCUGCACUACCUGCCCCACCCCUCUCGCCGCAGCCGCUGGCGACCUCGACAGCGACGGCCAUCUCGACGUAGUCCUCGCCACCUCGGGCAGCCCCUCGCUCCUUGCCUUUUACAACACUGGAGGCAGCGCCAGCUUUCCAGCCGGCGCCAUCGCACUCGCCACGGGCCUCGGUGCGGUCCAGGACCUGGUCAUUGCAGACAUCAACGGCGAUGCCCGCACUGACAUCGUCUACGUCUCGUCGUCGACGUCAACCAUAGCCUAUCUCCCGGGCAUUGGAAACGGCUCCUUCGCUCCCAUCCCCAUCCCCAUUGCCGCAUCGGGCGUUUCCAACGUCCAAGCGCUGCAGCUUGCUGAUCUCGACGCCAACGGUUCGCUCGACGUCAUUGCCGCCCUUGGCUCUUCGAUGGCGCUUGUCUGGAUCCGCUCCACAAGCCCAGGCUCCUUUGCGCCUCCCGCCACGCUUGCCACCGGGGCAGCGUUCUCCUCGAUUGCCGUAGGUGACAUCAACCACGACGGCGUGCUCGAUGUGGUGUACGCGGCCCACAACUCAGACGAGGCUGGGUGGAUCCGCGGGACUAGCCCGGGUGUCUUUGACCCCGCCCGUAUCCCGUUUCCAGAGCCGGCGCCACUUGCCUCAGACGUCGUCAUCGCCGACAUCAACGCCGAUGGCCUCCGCGACGUCGUCGUCUCCUCUGCCGAGGACUACACAGUCCGCGCCUUUAUCGCAGCCGCCCACAUGGGCUCCUCGCCUGCGCAUCCGACCAUCGACUACCCUCCCGCCCGCAUCAGCCCGCGCCCUGUUUAUGGCGCUGCCAGCUACGCGCAUCUCAACACCCUCGCUGCCACGCUCCGCACCGCAUCCACAUGCUGGCCGCAGCGCGUACAUGUCGCCGCCCAAGCACCGCAGCUCUCAGGCUGCUCAACUGCGGCCCUCAUUCCCAUCCCAGUCGCAGCCCGAUGGACCAUCGCUGCUCCACUGGACGCGCCACUCGCGAUCGACUGCCACGGCGGCGUCCUCUUUGCCGUCCACGGCGAGCUCACCCUUGAGAACCUGGUCAUCACCCGCACCGGAUCAGGGACAGCGGCCGAUGCCAGCUCUGGCUUGCUUGUUCAUGGCGGUCUUCUUACGCUCCGCAACGCGACCAUCACCGACAGCACUGGGUCUAGUGAUGGAGGCGCUGUUCGCAUCUUGGCGUCAGGCUCUCUCAUCGCCAGCUCCUCCACAUUUGCCCGCAACACAGCAGCAGGCUCUGGAGGCGCGCUCGCGGUUGACGCACACGCAGAUCGUGUGACGCUGAAUGAUGUGACCUUCGUCGACAACUUGGCCGGUCGCGAUGGUGGCGCCGUUGUCGCUGCUGGUGGCUCCAUUAUCGCCACCAACGUUGUUGUCGCGGGCAACUCGGCAGCAGGCUCUGGUGGUGGUGUAUGCGCCAUAGGCAGCGGCGGGCCGCCAUCGCUCACGAUCACGUUCGCCGGGCAUCUGUCAGCGAUCCGAAGCAAUGUCGCUGGCGGAUCUGGCGGCGGCCUGGCGGUAUCUGGCGCCGCCAACCUGACCAUGGCCGCCGGCCGCCUCGUGCUCAACGCUGCACGACUUGGCGGCGCCAUUGCGGUCACGCCGGCUCUCUACACGCUGCCGGCCUCGAUGGCUCAGCUGGAGGGACUCACCGGAGGACCAUGGCCGGCGCUCGCCAUUGGCUCGGACGUUCUCAUCGGCUCGCACACCGCCGACUACGGCGGGCUCAUCUUCGCCUGCGUACCGGGUUCGGCUCUGCCACGGCUCGCAUUCUCGGCGAUCGACGGCGACGCGCAGAUUACAGCCGCCGUCGGUGGUGGGUAUGGAUACGUUUGCCCGGACACGGGGCUAGCGUCGGCGAUGACGGCCGACGCGCCAACGAGCACGGUGUUCGCAGCGGAUGGCUACGGCUCGCUGGUCGCCUCGCCGCCGAUGACGGUGUCAGUCGCCGAGGCGUCGCUGCCGGCGGUUGCUGUUUCGGCACGGUCGUUCGGCGGCGGCACGAUCGUCGCUUAUGAUGCGCUUGGCACGGCCGUGGUCGAUCCCAGCCUGAAGGCGAAGCUUGCGGUUGUGGACACAGGUGUGCUUCGUGGCGCCGAGCUCGGUAUCGCUCUAGACGGACAGGGUGGGACUGGGAGCUUGGCGGGGAUCAGCCUCGGGCUCCCGCGGAGUGCCUUUGCGGCUGGCACCACAGUCAGCGGUGUGGUCGACAUUGCGCUAGGCAGAGCGGUGGGCUCUCUGACUAUCGAGAUCAGCGCGUGCCCACCGGGCGAGGGCCGAGUCUCGGGCACAAACGAUGUACUGGCGUGUGACGUGUGCGAGCCGGGCCUGUUUUCUCGAACGACAUCGACCGAGCCGUGCGAUGUUGUGCCCGAUUGCGCGGCAAAUCGCGUCCGGGGCGCGAGCGGCAGCAACGCCACGGUCGCGGCUUGCGUGUGCAUGCCUGGCUUUUACAAUCUCGCCCGAGAUGAGGCUGGGGCGUGCUUGGCAUGUCCAGAAGGCGCCGUUUGUGCCGGCGGCGACGCGCAGCCGCUAGCGGCAACGGGCUGGUUCCCAUCCGAGCAGCCGGAAGUGUUCCUAGCAUGCCCGGUAGCAAGUGCAUGUACCGGCGACGGCACCUGUCAGGCCGGUUACACGUCGCGGCUUUGCGCCGAGUGCGCGCGAGGAUACUAUCGGCUCGGCUCACGGUGCCUUCGAUGCCGUGCUGGGGCGAACAGUGCCGUCGUAGUGGCACUGGUAGUCGGAUGCCUGGCAGCGAUAGCGAUGAUGCUAGGCUUCAACCUCUCGACCUCGCUGCACUACAAGUUUGCGUCCGUCAUGAUCGGCUUUAACGCGCUGCAGAUUGCAGCGCUGUACGGACGGCUGGAUCUGGAAUGGGGCGAGGUGGCUCGUGCGGUCUUCUCGUUUGCCUCUUCGCUCAACAUCAACUUUGAGCUGACCUCGCCCGAAUGCGCGGCGUCUGCAAAUGCCGAUGUCUGGGUCCUCAAGUGGGCGCUCGCGCUUGCGCUUCCGAUCUUUGCGGCGCUUGCACUCGGCGCGGUCACGUGCUGCAUCUUUGUGCCGAUGCUGGCGUAUGGGCUGCUGGACAAUUUUGCCGCCUUUGAGGGCACCAACUGGAGCAUGCUGCGAUGGGCGGCGGGCCGGACGUGGUUCCAGAUCCUGGUCCUCAUCUACAUGCCGCUCUGCUCGGCGGCGCUCUCGGUCUUUGGCUGUGAGCAGGCGAGGGACGGGCGAUGGAUCCUAGCCGCGGAUCCGGCGCGAAGCUGUUACACAGCAUCGUGGAUGGGGCUUGCGGCCGUCGGCGGCAGCGCGGUGGGCGUGUAUGCGCUUGGCGUCCCGAUUUCAGUGUGGUACUUUCUCCGCAACCGGCGGCGAGUUCUCGACCGCGCCAUCUUCUCGCUGCGCUACGCCUUUCUGGUGGCGCGAUUCGAGAGCCGAUGGUGGUGGUUCGAGGUGGUGAUCAUGGCGCGCAAGGUCGGUGUCGUCGCCGCCUUUACCUUUGUAGCCGGCGAUGUCAACAAGGCGCACCUCGGCGCUCUGCUGCUGUUUGUGGCGACCGUCCAUCUUGCCGCGGCUCGGCCAUAUGGCGAAGAGCUGCACAACCGGAUUGCCAUCGGCGCAAUGAGUGGCGCGUUUGUUGUCUUGUUUGCCGGCACAGGCGGCGAAGCAACGAUGCGGACCGCGGGCGUCCUCGGCGGGCUGGCAAUCUGUCUCGGCGUCAUUGUCCUCGGCGUGGCUCUGGAUCUUCGACGGAUGGCAGCCGACGAGAAGGACGCGGAUGCCGAGUUCUACUCUCCCGGUAUGGUCCGCAUGGACUCGGGCGAGGCCAUUGUCAUCCAGUCGCCGCGAUCGUCGAUCGCUGACGUCGAGCUCACCACUAUGGUCGACGAUGAGUGCUCGGAUCACACCCGGGGCUCGCUCCUCGGGCCGCCAUCUCCGAUCAACACCAUCGUGUAACCGAGUAACACUAACUGCGG